GUUUACAGUAAUUAUAAGCGUUCAUAGCGACGCCGACGAUGUUCAAUGGCAGUUCAACGUUCUCAAAGCCUACCACCAAGGGUCCACUACUGUCCUCGCGUUCGGCUACCACUAAACGUGACUCCUUAAUGGCAGAACUCGAACGGGACCCACAACAUUCGACUGCAAAGCGCCAGCAACGCUCUAAUGCGUUCACCUCCCAUGUAGCGCACGCCUCUCUUGAACGCCAACUGCUCGCCGCACAAGCCAGUAAAACCGAGCUCGAGGCCAAACUCCGUGAAAAGGAUAUUACCAUUGAGAGGCUGGAAAGAGAUAGAAGGUGGUUUGCGGAGAGAGAGGAGAAGGAGCGUGAGGAAAAAUUGCAGGAGCAGUCGGAAAGAGAAGAGGAAAAGCGCAAGGCAGAUUUAGAACUUCGACAACUACGCAGUUCUCUCGCUGCCGUUCGAGAGAACCUUGCGGAACUCGAGGACGAACACUCGAACCUUUCUCGCAGCCACUCACAAUCACUCGCUUCUUACAAGUCGCAGUCUUCAGUUCUCGCUCGCCAAAACGCAGCGUUGGAGAAAGAAGUUGCAGACCUUAGAUCUAUCGCAGAGGAACGAUGCACUGCAGUCCAGAAUUUACAACAACAAAGUUCUGAUGAAAACGAGAAUUGGAGUGUUGUGCGAGACGAACUGCAGCGACAAGCAGGAUACCUCCGUUCUCUCGAGUCGAUCAACGCUAAACUCACCACUGAACUUGCACGGUACAAAGACCGGCACGCCAGCGUAGAAGUCCUUCGAGAAGAGAAACGUACUUUGGAAGGCAAGGUGGCUAUCAUGGAAGGGCUUCGAGAAAAAGUUGCCAAGCUAGAGGCUCAAGUCGACGCUGCUCGACAAGAACGGAAAGAUUGGGCGAGCAAAACCAGCGAAUCAAAUACAUCAUCACAAACUUCCAUCUCCUUGGUGCAAAAUCUGUCAGCAUUACGUCUGGAGAAUGCGCCACUCCUUCGUCGCCGCGAGGCCGAGCUAUCUAACAUUGAUAAGAUAGCGUUUGAAGCUCGGGAGGCUGCGGACGCCCUGCAAGCAGAGGUGCAAACACUGAAAGAAAAGGUAUUAAGACGAGAACAACGAGCUCAGCUAGCAGAACGAGAAGCCAGAUUCCUCCAGGCCCUCGUCGCCAGCUUCACUGCUGAGGAGUCAGCUGCACGCGAGUCACCAGCUGUGGACAGCCUUUCUCAGCAGCGGAUCCAGCAUCUUGAACAGUCUAUAACUGAUUACAAGUCUGAAAAUUCUCGGUUACAGAGCGCACUGGAUGUCGCCCAGGCUGACAAUGCCAUAGGAGGGCCGAAACGCACACGCAAGGAUCUCGUUCGGGAAAUCGACGCACAGAAAGCUGCAGCAGACGAAGCAACGAAAGGUCUACAAGAAGCGCAAAAAAAUCUGACGCAGCAAGAAGACAAGAUCGAGACGCUCGAACAAACACUCUUUGAGCUCCGUGGCGAAAUCGGUGCGGGGAACCACGUUCCACCAGGCAUGCGUGUGCUGUCUCUGCGCGACAAUCCGGCGCAGCAGUGGACUGAUCUACGACAGUCGGUGAUGGACCGUCUGAAGGGCGAAAAUGAAGCGCUCAUCAAGCGCCUGCGUGAGCUUGAGAGCAGCGGAGCGGUGGUAGCCAAUGGCGGGGUUCCGCGCGAUGAUUUGGUUCCCAGGGAAAGUUGGGAGGUGCUCGAUAAGGAAAAGAAGGAGCUCGAGGAAGUGGUGAAGCAGAAAGAGAAGAGACUCUUGCGCUUGCAGCAGGUGUUCACCGCAAAGAGCGCUGAGUUCCGAGAAGCCAUAGCGUCCAUGCUCGGACUCAAGCUCGCGUUUUACCCCAAUGGGCAAGUCCGCGUGACGUCGAUCUACGAUCUUUCUGCGUCAUUCGUGUUCCAGCCUUCGACGAAGCCCGGCGAAAGCGGAGAAGGAGCGAGGAUGCAACUCAUUGCGCAAGGCGAAGGCGGUCCGCAAGAUCUCCCGCAACUGAUGCGAUUCUGGGUGAAUGAGGAGCAAUGUAUACCCGGGUUUUUGGCGAGUGUGACUUUAGGAAGAGAGACGGUUGGUACCGAGUCGUAGUAUUCGGUCGUGAUGUUUUUGAUCGGAUUGAAUAAAAUACUACAGUAGGAUAUCUGUGCUACCCUUGGCCAGAGCGAUUUGGUGUAAAGUAGCAGGGUUUAUAAUCGUAUCUUGCUCAUUUGAAGGGGUUCAUCCUUACAGCACGGUCUUUCU